ACCGAUACCCGGAAGUGCUGACAUCUAAUCCAAGAUGGCAGCUAUCAUGGGAAACGAAAGUUGUAUCCGGUUGUUACUAUUUUCCCUCAUUUUCAUCCUGUCCGUGUUGGACGGUAUCCAUGGAGCCAACAACUCCCCAAGCAGAAAAACCCAUAAUAUGAUCUAUUAUGAUAUCAUGAAUUUUGGUCAGUGUGUACGGAGAUUCAAUGCCACGCAUCAGAUCGGCUGUACCAGUGAUUUCAAUGGGAACAAUGGAGUCCUCCAUCUCAUAGAAAAUGUUGGUGAUAUAGAUUGGCUGUUGGCUAAUGGAACAUACUCUCCGUACAUAGCGUUGAUGACGCCACAAAUGUUUACAUUAGAAAAUGUGCAGAGCUUACUUGAUUCAGGGAAGGUGAAUGGGAUCAUGGUGGAUCACUCGGACCCUAUGUCAAUGAUCAGUGAAGGAAUACCAUUCUCACCAGACAAAUCAUGUCCUAAUGAUAACUAUGGAAUGUAUGCUGACAAUCCUGAAUAUUCUAACUGCCAAAAGGUCUUAUGGAACACUGAUGGAAAUGGCAUGAGUUUUAUGGAUCUAGGAAUUCCUGUAUUUGCUCUCACAAACACUGAAGAUGUGCAGACUGUCAAAAAAUGUUACGAGGAGCACAACAAACCAGAUGCCCAGGGAAAAGCCAGACCCUACCCACAGUGUGCCGGUGAGAUGUAUGAUUUCAUGUUUGGAGCAAAGGACACGCCCACUUGCAUGUGGAGAACACAAAGGAUUACAAAUUUGGAAUCAAGUUUUUAUUGUGAUCCUCUAGGAGAUUGGAAUGUCUGGGCCACUCUUGUACCAACCAAUAAGUCAAAUCCUCUUGGGGAUGAAUCAAUGAUUAUAGCUGCAGCUCAGCUUGAUGUGGCAGAACUGUUUUACUCUCUAUUCCCUUCCCAAGGAGCGGAAAACACAGUAUCCGGUUUUGUGACCCUACUCGCUGCAGCCCAGGCAAUCGGAGCACUUCCUCUCGAAAUCAAACAAGACAUGAAAAACAUCAUGUUCACGUUCUUCCAAGGUGAAAGCUAUGAUUACAUCGGGUCAUCGCGCAUGGUGUUCGACAUGAAGAAAGGAGUCUUUCCCUUUAAACUUGACGAGAAACACACACAGCCUUCCCAGGUAAACCUGUCGACGGUUGCUGCAGUGUUAGAGGUGCGACAGCUUGCCUUGUCAGAGGGAGACAACUUCUACAUGCACAUUGACCCGUUGUCACAGUCGGAUGCAUCUACCCAACAGGGGACUGAGAGACUGAUGCAGCUGUUGAAAUCCUAUGCAGUGAAUGUCACCAUGAACAAUGUGUCUCUGGACCAGCCGCUUCCACCGGCUUCUUUCCAACAGUUCUUGAGGAAUGGAACGGACAUACCAGGGGUAGUCAUCACAGAUCAUAGCAUGGAAUAUGAAAAUAAGUAUUACAACAGUCGUCUGGACAUUCCUGAGGCCUUUGGGAUCAACUAUACUGAAUAUAAUAGCACGGAUCACUUACCGAUCUUCCCAGUUGCACAGACCCUUACAGGCUUAGCCACUACAAUAGCAAGAACUCUUUACUUGUAUGCAAGACCAGGCGCUACUGAUGCCUCCAGACUGGCUGCUGAUGUUGACCUGGUAAACGAUCUGUUAUAUUGUUUUAAUGAGAGACCAAACUGCAGUCGAAUUCGAGAAGCAGUCAGUCCUGAUGAUUGGAAAAGUUUAUCAAACAGCGCCUAUAGCUAUUAUGUAGGAGUUGACGGUCACCAUUCUUCUGUUACAAUCCUGGUUGGUAAACUCCUUAGUUAUUACCUUGGACUGGACAAAGAACCAAUGACACAAGAUAUGGCAAAGGAGAACUGCAAAGAUGGUGAAAAUGAUCAGAUAUUGAAUUACCACUUCGUAGCUGGUCCUGACUUCAAUGGCACACGUGGCUUAUGUGUAAAGAGCACGCAGCAGAUUUCUCCUGCUGUCUCACCCGCGUUUGAUGCUGAUAAUCCUGACUGGAGUUCAACAAUCUACUCCACGUGGACCGAGUCACAGUGGGGUUCUUACAGGAUAAGGGCUUUCCUAAAACCAAGUAGAAGUCAAGAAACGGUAACUUUCUCACUUGGGAUGAUUGUGCUUAUAGUGUCGUUAACCAGUGCGUAUUUCUUAAACAAGCGAUCUGAUGAUCUGUUUCCAUAGCAACCUACUCUUCCUCUCCGUCAUCUGAUCAGGACCAAAGUUUGUAUAUUCAGUGGGGGGGGGGCUGCAAAGCUAUAAGUUAAUUUGUGCUCGAAGCCUUUCUUUUGUAAUAAUUCACAAAGCUGGUGGGUGUUUUAUUUUGGGCCAUUCUUGUUCACGUGUGUGACUGAAAUUAUGACAAAUCUUGACUUGCAUUAGUUAUAAAUCUAUAAAAAAAAAUAGAGAUUUAUAACUAAAUAUGAUAAUUUUAAAAAGUUUUAUUUCAUUUUGAACGUCUCAGGAAUCUAAAAAUGAAAUUUAACUAUCAAAACCAAGCUUCUGUGUGAAGUCACACACGUGACCCACUUCUUUUGACCUCUGACCUUGAACCUGCAUA